AUGCCAAGGACGGGACUUAAAAAUCCAUCGCAUUCUCUCUCUGUCAUUUCAGUUGGACGCAUUGUCUUUGAAUUAUUUGCUGACGUUGUACCUAAAACUGCAGAAAAUUUCCGUGCGUUAUGUACCGGAGAGAAAGGAACAGGGCCUACCACUGGAAAACCUCUCCAUUAUAAAGGAUGUCCUUUCCACAGAAUUAUUAAGCAAUUUAUGGUCCAGGGUGGAGACUUCUCAAACCAGAAUGGCACAGGUGGAGAAAGUAUAUAUGGUGAAAAAUUUGAAGACGAAAACUUUCAUUAUAAGCAUGAUAAACCAGGGCUGCUGAGCAUGGCAAAUGCAGGACCCGGUACUAACGGCUCUCAGUUCUUUAUUACAACGGUGCCUACUUCUCACCUGGAUAGGAAACACGUGGUGUUUGGCCAAGUGAUCAAAGGAAUGGGUGUAGUUAAAAUGUUAGAAAACGUUGAAGUAAAAGGAGAAAAUCCUGCUAAGUUGUGCGUCAUUGCAGAAUGUGGAGAGCUAAAGGAAGGAGAUGAUUGGGGAAUUGUUCCCCAGGAUGGAUCUGGAGAUUCUCAUCCAGAUUUUCCUGAAGAUUCAGAUAUAGACUUGAAAGAUGUUGACAAGAUUGUGGCCAUAGCAGAAGACAUAAAGAAUAUAGGAAAUACUUUCUUCAAAUCGCAAAAUUGGGCAGUGGCAGCUAAAAAGUAUAGUAAAAGUUUACGGUAUGUAGAAGCUUCUGAAGCAGUGGCAGAGGAGGCAGACAAACCAAAGUUAAAGACUGUUGCUCUGACCUGUGUUUUAAACAUUGGCGCAUGUAAACUAAAACUGUCAGAUUGGCAGGGAGCCAUUGAAAGCUGUUCAGAGGCUCUUAAAAUAGAUCCAGCAAAUACUAAAGCUCUCUACAGACGGGCUCAAGGAUGGCAGGGAAUAAAAGAUCUUGAUGAGGCAUUGGCCGAUCUUAAAAAGGCUCAUGAAAUAGCUCCUGAAGACAAAGCUAUCCAGACGGAAACACUCAGAAUCAAACAGAAGAUAAAAGCCCAAAAGGAGAAAGAGAAGGCAGCUUAUGCUAAAAUGUUUGCUUGAUUUUUUUUUUAUCUAAACUUUCAAAUCUAUGCACUAACUCAUGCAAAUGGAUAAAUGGAGCCGCUUCAUUCAUUUGCCCUGUACUGCAGUUUUCACUGUUUACAACUCACAAGUCUAAUAAUAAAGACAAACUGUUCAAAGGUGAA